AUGGAUCUUUAUGAAGCUGCGAGGCAAGGCAGUAUUGAUGGUAUAGAGUCUGCGGUCGAGAAAGGGUGCGAUGUCAAUGCCCUCGACGAAUACGGGAAUUCCCCUCUCUGGUUCGCCGUACAGAGCGGCCAUUUAGAUGCAUGCAGGAUUCUGAUUGCCCGAGGAGCUCGCGUGGAAAGGCAGAGUCCCAGCAUUCUGGAGCUCGCAGUCCAAGGAGAGCAUGCAGAGAUUGUGGAACUGCUGUGGCCAUACUGCAAAGUGGAAAGACAACAUCGCAGCUUAGAGACCGCUAUCUCACUGGGGUUUCAUGGAAUCGCAGAUUUCUUGGUCGGAACUCGAGUAUUCGAGUAUCAGAAAUCCCAAGCCAGGGAUAUAGAACUGCUCAUAAGAGACGGAUUCUCAAGACGAGAAAUCACAGCUUUUCAGCAAUGGGAGAGAUUUAUCUUUGUUCGGCGCUCGGAGAAGCUCAAUUUGCAUCGUAUUUUUUUUGACUAUGCCCUCCUUCUCGCAACGAAGGCCGAUCGCAACGCGGGGCUUCGACUGGUGAAUUUAUUGCUUGAGGGAGAGAAACCUUUGGCCGACGCAAAUUGCAUGAUCAACAUUAAUAAGGAAAUUGAGACACCUUUGACGAAUGCGGCUGAGAAAGGCAACUUGGAAAUACUGGCUACUUUGAUUGAGCGCCCUAAUACAAGGUUGACGAUCUGUGGCAAAUAUAACUGGCCUGCUUUUCUCCAUCUGCUGGCGAAUUCCGAGCCCAUCGCCUCUGAAAAGGGCCGGGCCAUAGCCGGGAAGUUGUCCACAGAGAGUCUGCCCGAUUCAUUUCUCAUUGAUCACAAGGGAUCUCGUCUGGAAACUGUAUUUAAAAAUGUCCUUCGGCUGGGUGACGAUGCUCUUAUCAAGCAGGUGAUCGACUUUGUUCACGGCGCUGCAGGAAUUUGCAUUCUGCCGUUGUUAGUCAGAGCGAAUGAGACCAAAGGUCUGAGAUGGAUUUUGAAUAGAGACAUCGCGCACGCAUCCAAACCGCCACCAAUACUUUGGGUGCUGCUUUGCAACUUUUUCAAAUGUGAUCCAAACUCUAAGGCUUUGACAACUUUUAUUCGAGUGGCGGAAUUCCUGAUAGAAAAGGCGAUUUGGGACAGGAUGGUACUGAUGUGCCUCAAUUCUCGCAACUUUGGCUUUGUCAAGCAAUUCUUCUACCCUCUCAACGAGAUCCCGCCCAGGGAAGUGGCGGAAGAAACAUUGGCGGCAUUUUCUCAGGCGUCAACAGAUCCAUCCCUCGUAAGGGAGUGGGCUGAAAAAGGCUUUGCUAAUGCAGCACUCUGGAGCGUCAUUCAAUCCGGGAUAUGGAAGAGCCCAGCAUUUGAAAGCCUCCUUUCAUGCUCUAAUAUUGACCUUGACGAGCCAUUUCCACGUCGAAAGAGCUCAGACACAGCAGAAGAUAAUAUACCUUUACCUCCUUUGUCGGGCAAUUCAACGGGUGAAAAACGAAAAUUCCCUUUCAGAUCACCUACAGGAAUUUCCCUAAAAUCGCCUCUCGACCCCGGUAUGCCGCAGAGUCAUGCCCUCCAAGACUACCAAAUGCAACUCAUGUUACUGGAGCAACAGAACAAGAGGCGGUUAAUGAUGGCCCGAAAUGAGCAAAUGGAAAUGACAGCGGGAAAAGGCAUUCUGGCUUGGACAGGGGGGAAAAGCCCUCUGGCUUGGGCCGCGGCAAAUGGUAAUGUUGAGCUUGUGGAGGCUCUUCUGCGCAGUUCGCGCGUCAAUGUCAACUCACAGGAUGCCCAGAAACGAACCCCUCUCAUGCACGCUAUUGCCGUCAAUGAUUGGCAGACUGUGGAAGAAUUGUUGAAAAUUGGAGAUAUUGAUCUCAAUUUGCGGGAUAGUGAAGGUAGAACCGCUGUUUUUCACGCCGCACAAGGGGGGGAAUUGCAUAUCAUACAAUUGCUCACCCAGACCCAAAAGGUGGACUUUUCCAUUCGUGAUUGCAACGGCGAAAGUGUCCAGGAGAUUGCGGAAAAUAAGGGAAAACAAGAUGUCGUGGCUGCACUUGCGACUUGA